AUGGCCUCAAGUGUGCUUCUGAAACAGCGGUCGCUGGCGUCCUUGGCCACCGUUGCCCUCGCCGGAAUCGCUCUUGCGCCCGCGACCGUUCUGGCCGAGGCUCCCACGGACAGGCGGAGACCAAUCUACGAUGACGUCGAUCUCUCGUCGAGUCCAGCACCCGUAUCCGGGGUUCCUUCCGAUGCCAUGCUGCCACCGCCGCCUCCCACAAGGACCGACGAUGAGAUGCCCAAGCAGCGAGGCCCUACGCCGACGGAACGCUUGGCCGUUCAUAUCGGCAAGGCCCGACUGAUCCUCUACAAAUUUGCCGUCUCGGCCGAGGACAAGGUCAACGAGACGAUGGACUCGGCCUUCCACCUCGAGCAGUCCUUCACCAACACCAUAGCCUCGCUCGCGCCUCCACGGCAGAGCGGCGAGCGGCUCAUGCCAGGCGCCGUCUACGUUCUCGUUGCCGCCAUGGCCGGCAGCAUCAUCACCCGGAAGCGCAACAUCCUACUGCGCGCCACCCUCCCCCUGGCCCUGGGCAUCGGCGCCGGAUGGACCGUCCUUCCCAUCACCAUGAGGAAUAUUUCCGACCUUGCCUGGACGUACGAGCAACGGUUCCCCGUCUUGGCCGAGUCGCACGUCAGAAUCCGCGAGGGCCUGAAGCGAGGUGUCAGUUUUGCCAAGGUCCACAAGGAGGUCGGCGCACGAUAUGUGGACGAAAAGGUAACGGAUGCUCGUGAAAUCGUCGAAAGCUGGGUCAAGCAAGGCAAAUAG